AUGCAGAGAGGGAGGCUCUGCUGGGAGCUGCGUACCCUGAUACAGACCUUUUGUCAGAAGCAUGGAUUAAUGUUGGAGGUGGUAGAUCUGAGGUGGGGUCUCCCUACCUUGGAGGAUGUGGACCACACAACCAUUGACCUGUGCUUGGAGGAGAUUGCAAUGUGUCAGAAACUCUCCGCAGGACCCACUUUUAUAGCACUCGUGGGUGAUCAGUAUGGACACUGCCCUAUUCCCCGACUGAUUGAAGAGAAGGAGUUCCAGGCCUUGUGUGCCCAGCUCACAAAAAACCCGAACAGCCUGACCCUCCUGGCCCAGUGGUUCUGGAAGGAUGAGAAUGCAGUCCCUCCGGUCUACAUCCUGCAGCCCAUCACCACACACGUGCCCCAGAAGGCAGAAAGCAGCUUGGCCACGGCCCUUCGAUCAGCAGCUCAGGAGGCGGAGAGGCGAGGCUUGAUCAGCAGAGAGCAGAGGCUUCGAUACCACAAAUCAGUAAUCGAAUGGGAAAUAGAACAUGGCCUUCUGAAUGUAGGUAGCAGUGACGGUGACCUAGGAGCGACAGUUUUCCUUAGAGAAAUCAGGGAUCUGAAUAAGCACAUUCUGGAUGAGUGUAACUUACCAAUGGUGGACCGGCAGGAAGAUGGCUGUCUCGACAUGGAAGCUCAGAACUUUCUCACCAGCCUCAAAGUGAGAAUUACAGACAACCACCCCAAACUACUGAAGGUGCACUUUGUCCAAUGGAGCCAGGACCUGGUGAACCCAAAGAAACAAGCACAUGCUAAGUACCUGAAGGAGCUGGGAGAGCAGUUUAUUGCCACAGUCAACCAUCAGAUUCUCGAGCGCCUUCGCCACCAGAAAGAGGGCAACCAGAUGCUGGGCCCUUUCUUUCAGGAGCUGCAUCACCACAUGGCCCAGUGCAAGGACAAGUGCCAAGUGUUUUGUGGGAGGGAGGAACUCCUGAGCAAAAUUGGAAAGGCCAUCGCAGCAAAUGAUGGCACCAAUCACACUCCCCUGGUUGUUUUGGGGCCUCCUGGAGUUGGAAAGACAGCUCUGAUGUGCAAAAUAUCAGAGCACAUCCAAGACUUCCUGGGACAAAAGACAGUGCUGGUGCUACGACUCCUCGGAACAUCCCAGGCAAGUUCCAACAUCUGCCUUUUAUUGAACAGCAUCUGUCUCCAGGUGUGCUUAGCAUAUGGUUUGCCACUCCCACCUGCAGGAGUCAUGGCUGUUUAUAGUGGUGCUGUCCAGUUCUUUCAAGAUCUCCUCUUCCUAGUUUCUAGCAGAAAUGUUGAGUCACUUGUGCUCAUAUUGGAUGCAGUUGGGGAGCUGAACUCGACCUAUGGGUCAACAGGCCUAAUGUGGCUGCCCAAAAAGUGCCCCCCAAAAGUCCACCUCAUCCUCUCUGCUUGCCCAGAAGAGUCUGGAACCUUAAAAACCAUGCAGGAGAUGGUCACUAGCUCUGAGGCUUAUUUUGAAGUGAAGCCACUCUCUGGGGAGCAAGGUCAGAAGAUGAUUGAGCUCCUUUUGGCAUCUGUGAGGCGGAAGCUGAGCCCUGCUCAGCAGGACCUACUCUGGGCUAGCCUUCCAGAAUGUGGACACCCCUUGAGGCUGAAACUAGCCUUUGACGAAGCCCAGAGAUGGGCAUCCUAUACAUUACCUGUCUCUCUGGCCACCACUGCCCAACAAGCAAUGCAACAGCUUUGUGCCCAUUUGGAGGAGUUACAUGGCCAAGUCUUAGUGUCCCAUGUACUUGGGUAUAUUGUGACUGCCCGAUACGGCUUGUCAGAAGCAGAGCUGAAGGAUGUCUUAUCCUUGGAUGAUGAGGUUUUGAUGGAAGUCUAUCGGGAGUGGACUCCUCCUAGCAAAGAUGCCCUUCGUUUUCCUCCUCUCCUGUGGGUGAGGCUCCGUCGGGACCUAGGGGAUUGCUUGGUGAAGAGAUCUGCAGAUGGCUUCAUGCUCCUUGGACUCGCUCACAGACAACUGACUGAAGUGGUCAAGGAACGCUAUUUAUCAGGACAAGAGAAAACUAAGAGGCAUCAUCUCUUAUCUGAAUUCUUCACUGGAGCCUGGAGUCAGGGUAUAAAGAAACCUAUAUCUCUGCCCCUCCUGGGAAAACCACUGAACUUUGACAGGAAGGUUGCACCUCAACCCCUCUGGUUUUCAGAUACUGUUGCAAAUCUUCGGAAAUUGAGUGAAUUGCCCAGUCACCUGGCUAAUUCAGGAUGUACUGAAGAGUUGAAGAAGGAUGUGCUGGGGAACAUGGACUGGAUUUCAUGUAGAGUUCUUUCCAGUGGAAUCACAAGCAUGCUGGAGGACUUUGCCCUUUGUGCUGAACACAUUGACUGUCCUGAAGUCAGCCUCAUCCGUGAUGCCAUCCAGCUCUCAAGACCUACCAUAGAUCGUGCAGUGGGCAUGGACAAGAGCAUUUUCUACACGGAGAUCCUGGCCCGGCUUUAUUCCUUCUCCUCUCUCUACCCAUCACUCAUUGGACAGCUGUGCCACCAAUGCCUGAGGUGGUUUAAUGCAUAUCCACAUCCUGUUCUCAUCCCCGUCUGUGGGUUCCUUCUACCUCCAGGAGGGCCCCUUCAGGAGAUGCUCACAGGCUAUCACAAAGGCAUCACGGCAGCAGAGUGGAGCUCCAGCAACAAACUCUUGCUGGUUGGAUCCCAGAAUGGUGUCCUGGUUGUGUGGGGCAUGCGGGAGCGGGAGAGUCAGGUGGUGCACAUCCUAAGGGGUCACACGGGAGAGGUGAGGUGUGUGAAAACAUUUGGGCAAGGCAAUUAUGCCAUUUCUGCUUCCAAGGACCGCACGCUUCGUGCAUGGAAUUUAGUUUCUGGCGAGGAGAAGUAUGUCAUUUGGGAUGGAGUCUCUACUGAUCCCAGAGAGCCACACUUCUGUUGCCUUCAUGUGGAUGAAAAGAAUGAAGUUGUGUAUUCAGUGUCUGGUUCAAAGGUUAAUGCAUGGAACCUGGAAACUGCAAAAGCCAUUUUCCACAUUGUGGGUGAUGUACAGGAUCCUUGGCUUUGGGCCACAGUAUUUCCUUCCAGCUCAGGGGUUGUGACAGUGUCUAAAGAAGGGCUUGUGAGUACCUGGGAUGCUCGCACUGGAAAAUCCUGGUCAAAGCAUUAUGUCUCCAGUCUGAAGGAAGAAACCUUGACUAGUGGGACCUCCCUCCAGAAGCAAGGGCGGAUUGUUGUGGGCUCCAUCAGUGGCUCCCUCUUAUUGAUCUCCCCUCAGGGAAGCAGUCUGCUGGAAAAAGUCCCCACUGCUGUGCAGCUUCUGGUAGUUUCGGAAGAUGAAUCUCUUCUUGCUGCAGGUUUUGGAAAAUAUGUUCGAGUAUUUUUGGCAGAUUCAAAGGGAUUUCAUAGAUUCAUGGCCACAGAUCUUGAACAUGAGAACACAGUGGAAGCAGCAGUUAUUAGUCCUGAUAACAAUGUGAUUGUCACUGGGUCUCUUGAUGCAUUCAUCCAGGUAUGGAGUCUGUCGGAGCAGGGGACCCUUUUAGACAUUUUUGAUGGCAUGGGAACCCCAGUGAAUGUGCUGGCCUGCUGUGGACACACUUUGGUUUCUGCCUCCAGGAAUUCAUCAUCGUUCAGAGUUUGGGAUCUUGCUUAUACGCAGAAACAUAAACUCUCAUCCCCUUUUUUGGACCGCACUGGCUGCGCUGCAGUGUCUCACAAUGGAAACUAUGUAUACUUCCCCAAAAUAGGAGAUAAAAACAAAAUCACUGUCUGGGACUCUGUGCAAGGGGAAGAUCAUGAUAUCUUAGAUGCUUCAAAUGAAGUGCAGUGCUUGGAAGUUGCUGAGCAGAUGAAGUUGCUCUUUGCUGGGCUGAUCUCAGGGACAGUCCUAGUGUUUCCCCUGAACUCCAGGCAGGAUGUAAUAUGCAUCCCACCCCCAGAAGCUAAGAAACCUGUCAAAUGCAUGGCCCUGAGCAGAGGGGAAGAGCGGCUGGUCAUUGCAUAUGACAACAUAGUGCUGGUGAUGGACAUUAGGCCAGAAGAUCCCUGCCCAGUAAUUGAUGGACCUACAUACACAUUUUACACUCAGCUUCCUGCUACGAUAUCCAGUAUAGCUGUUCUCACCGACUACCGGGUAGUCUAUGGCAUGACCAAUGGAGAAGUGUUUAUUUAUGAGUGUGUGAAGUCCAAAGUUUUCCCGUUAGAAGCCCCCCAGGGCAAAGUUACUUGUUUAGAAGUCAGCCACAAAGAGCAAUGGGCAGUGAGCAGUUCUCAGGAGUCACUGCUGUACCUUUGGGACCUAGAGCUCUGCAAAUGGAAACACACACUGACCUUUGAGAGUGCUUUCUACCAAGGAAUUCAAUGUGUCUGUUUUUCCAACGAUGAUAAGUAUGUGUACAGUGGGUUAAAGGAUCAGUCCAUUCUAGUCUGGAAUGUUUCUGAUGGUUCCUUGUUGGCUGUUCAGUUUGUAUGUGCAACAGUCAAUAAAAUUAUUGCUACAGCUGACGGGUUUAUUGCAACAACGAGACACGGCUAUCUCAUCCGUGAACGCUUCCACUGCCCUCAGCCAUUAAGUGCCUCUUAUGACCCUCUCAAGAACAUAAAGGCAGCAUGUACUAUCAAAACCAAGAAGCAAGAAGAGAUUCUAAUGGUGGUAAGAAAACAGCAGAGUGACUCAGAAAGAGCAGAAGAAAAGCAAAACAGUACAAACAAGAUAUCUCAAGUCUGUGUGGUCAUAUGACAGAAGAUGAGAUAUUACAAAGAGAAUUCAGAGGGCAAUCCCAUCACUCCAUUUAGGACUGCCCUUUGUUUUUCACAUCAUUCUUUCCUCAUAUGCAUUUCAGUUCAGACCUGCCACUAGGAUAUCGUUAUUGGACUUUUUUCUUAAUUUAUUUACUAAACAAAUAUUUAUUAAGCACGUACUACAUACAAGGCUCUGUGUCUAGAGUUGGCAACACAAAGGUAAAAUAACUUCCACAUAGUCACCAUAGGAGAUAGGGCUAGAAUUGUAGGAUUUUGAAGCUGGAAAAGGCCUUAUUAGUCAUCUAGUUCUUAUCCCUUUACUUUACAGAUGGGGAAACUGAGGCCCAGACAGUAGCAGUGACUUGCCCAAGGUCACACUGGUAGUAAGCGGCAGAACUGGGAUUUGAACUGAGGUAUCCUGACUAAAUCCAGUACACCAUCCUAGUAAGGAGUCUACCCUAACCAGCACUGAUUAAUUUGGACACUACUUUCCCAAGCCUGCCUGAAAUCUAUCUAACCUUGAGUUAAAACAAGAAGUCAUUUUAUCAUCCUUUCCCCCUUCCUCCAACCAUGAACCCUUUGCUAGUUAUCACUUUUGGAAACGCAUGUUUUUCAGACAGCAGGAUUUCUGAGCCAGGCCGAACAAGCUGCUACAGUAUUUUCCUGCUUUCACACCAUCUGCUGCUGUGGGGCUGAACAGUGAAACACUAGAAACCCAGCCUCCAUUUCUAUGUAUGGCCUUUCAAAAAAAUCCCUACUUGUUUCCAAGGAUUAGUGCUAAGGGGAAGAGAACCCAGAGCUUAGAGGUGCUUCCCUCAUGAUUCUA